AUGUCUUUCAGUGAGCCACAGGCAGCAGGUCACGGCUCACUGAGUUCUCCUUGCAUUUCCUUAGAGAUCCAGCUCAGAGCCUCAGACAGUUCGAAAUACUCCCUCUCAAAGAAGAAGGAAGAAGUGAAUGAAAGAACAACAGCUGUUUGUUUCCAGCAGAAAUUUGGCCCUGCAGUGCUGCACCUAAAACAGCAGCGUGUUCUCAGAAUAGCAGGAGAAGGUGUUAAUUUGUGUCAUCAUGGAAAACUCUCAUGGCCUGAAAUAGUAACAAAGAGGCAUGUUUUUCUAUUUGAUAUCUUCCUUCGGGGACCUCAGGCUUUCAAAAAUGGAUUAAAAAUGGUUCUUGAAGAUAAAAACAUCUUGAAGGUCAUACAUGACUGCUGCUGUGUCUCACUCUGUCUCUUUCACCAGUACAGUGUCCUUCAGUGUCUUGGAUACACAGAGGCUGCUGAUGCUCUGCAGUUUUCAGUGACUACAGGUGCCUUCCUUCCACACGGUGUCUGCACAUUACAGGAGUGUUUGAUGCAGCCCUUGAAGAUACCUUCCAAAUGGAAUGCCAUUCUGAAGUGCAGGCAGCAGCUGACUUCAAUGAGUGAUUCAGAGAAUCCUGACAUAUGGUUCUUGAGACCCUUUCCAGCUUGUCUGCUUAAAGCACUGGUUCUGAAUGCCGUGCACCUCCUGUUGCUCCACUCAUCUCUAAUGGAUAAUUUGAUGUGUGAUCUAUCAGCUGUAUUAGAUGGUUAUUUUAAUGCUUUGGACUGUCCUGGAGAUCACCUUGUGAGCACAAAGCCCACUUGCAUGGAGCUGCCAGAGGAGUUGUAUCAGCUGGCAGACAUCCAGAAGCUGUGAAGGGAGAAAGCAAUAAAAGACUACAGGAUGAAUGAGAAUGGUCUUUUGGUGAGACCAGCCAUGGAAUUUAGAAGAGAAAAAAAUCCACAGAAGGAUGGAAACUCCAGAUAUGACUGGGAUUGAUUUCCCACAAAUAAAGCAGGCUCUCAAAUCACAUCCUUCAACAAUCAGGAUGUACUUUGUCAAAGAAGAGCUUGA